UCUUCGUUUAACUUGAAACUGCAACAAGUAUAAAUUUUUUCACAGACAUCGUUUCAAGAAUGCGCUUUCAGAUUUAUCUGUCGACACUGAAAAGGGUGGAAUGCAGGAUAAGAGUUAUGAGAGAGUGCUUCAUUCGAUUCGAGAACACCAAUAUGCUACAAAGUCAGUACUGAAAUUAGAAAAACAUUGGUCGCCACCUUUCUCUUGGUAGCUUAUUUCAUGCAUUUAGCUUACUUUUCUCCAAAGACAUAAAAAACAACUAUGUUUUUGAAAAAAGGGUGUGCCCUACCGCUUGAUGUCAAUGUUGAUAGGAAUAAAUAAUUUUGUUUGUUUCACAAAAAUAUAUAAUUCAAAUGGCAUAUGUGUAAUUUUGAUUGCUGAUGACUUCUUUUCAUUAAUUGAACAUUUACUGUGCUAUAGAAUAAUAAUUAGCUAAUAAGUGUUCUUGAAAUUUCUCAAACAAUAUCAAGAAUAGUUUAUAUAAUUUUGUGAGAUUUAAAUGCGUUUAUUUCCGUGUAUCACAUAUGUAUGUAUACUAUUGAACUUUCUAUGGACAACGAUCUGUUGGUCCUGUUUUGAUGCCAUCAAAGCAGUUACCUGAAGAGUAUUCAAACCAGUCAUUCCGUCUAUCUUUGCAUUUGCAUCGGUAUGUCAAUGGCAUCUUUCACAGUCUCAUUGGUAAAGGUUGCAUCACAGUCGGAAAUUUCUGGAGUGCUUAUCAAGGACAGUGUUUUUCUUUUAUCCCAAUUGAUACAUAUACUUCUUUUAACUGUGCAAGGACAAUUCGUACUGAAUUCGAACGAUGAAAUUAUCGAAUCGAUAUACGACGCAUCGUGGUAUAAUGCUAAUAGAAAAACGCAAUUGUUGUUCGUGUUAUCCAUCAGAAGCUGUUUGAGUCCUCCAAUACUAUCAGCUGGGGGACUUUUAGACCUGAAUUUGAAAAAUUUUGCAGAGGCAAGUAUCUAUUCCUCCUUGAAUCCACAAUUAUUGUUCAAGUUUUAA